UCCAUGGGCCCGCAGCGGCCGGGCGGCGGGGCGGGGCGCGAGGCGACGCGCGCGCUCUGAGGCCGCGGCGAGCAGGCGGGGCGCGGCGUGAGCGGGGAGGCCUUUCCGGGCCUGCGGCGGCCAGCGCAAAAUGCGGCGGCGGCCGCGCUGAGUCCCGACCUCCGGGAGCGCGCUGGGCCGAGACGACCCGCGCUGCGGCCGCCUAGCCGACAUGUCGGCGGCCAAAGAAAACCCAUGCAGGAAAUUUCAGGCCAACAUCUUCAACAAGAGCAAGUGUCAGAACUGCUUCAAGCCCCGCGAGUCGCAUCUGCUCAACGACGAGGACCUGACGCAGGCAAAACCCAUUUAUGGUGGCUGGCUGCUCCUGGCUCCAGAUGGCACUGACUUUGACAACCCAGUGCACCGGUCACGGAAAUGGCAACGUCGAUUCUUCAUCCUUUAUGAGCAUGGCCUCUUGCGAUACGCGCUGGAUGAGAUGCCCACCACCCUCCCCCAGGGUACCAUCAACAUGAACCAAUGCACAGAUGUGGUGGACGGGGAGGCCCGCACAGGGCAGAAGUUCUCCCUCUGCAUCCUGACACCUGACAAGGAACAUUUUAUCAGGGCAGAGACCAAGGAGAUCAUCAGUGGGUGGCUAGAGAUGCUCGUGGUGUAUCCCCGAACCAACAAGCAGAACCAGAAGAAGAAGCGGAAAGUAGAGCCACCCACCCCCCAGGAACCUGGGCCUGCUAAGAUGGCUGUCACCAGCAGUAGUGGUGGCAGCAGCAGCAGCAUUCCCAGUGCCGAAAAAGUCCCCACCACCAAAUCCACGCUCUGGCAGGAAGAAAUGAGAGCCAAAGACCAACCUGAUGGGAACAACCUGAGUCCAGCUCAGAGUCCCAGCCAAAGCCAGCCUCCUGCUGCUUGCACCCCUCGGGAAACAGGGCUGGAAAGCAAAGAAGAUGAAAGCACCAUGAAUGGGGACCGUGUAGAUGGUGGUCGGAAAGUACGAGUAGAGAGCGGCUACUUCUCCCUGGAGAAGGCUAAGCAGGACCUGAGGGCUGAGGAGCAGCUGCCCCCACCACUCUCCCCACCCAGCCCCGGCACCCCACACAACAGGUAUGGUUGUCCUGGAUUGUCUUCACAGGAACUUGGCCAUCCGCUUCACUCUCCAGGUCUUCCAGCCCCAAGCCACAUGGUCUCCAGCGUCUGCCCCAACAGCCGGGGUGAGGCCGGCAGGCCACCCAACCACACGGACUCCAGCAGUGCUGGGGGGUGGGGAACACAGCUGCUGGGGAGCACCUUUGCCUUUAAAGCCAGCAGGCAGUAUGCCGCCCUGGCCGACGUCCCUAAGGCCAUCCGGAUCAGCCAUCGAGAAGCCUUUCAGGUGGAGAGAAAGCGGUUGGAGCGUAGGACCCGGGCCCGGAGCCCUGGCAGGGAAGAGGUGGCCCGUCUGUUUGGCAACGAGCGGAGGAGAUCCCAGGUAAUUGAGAAAUUUGAGGCCUUGGAUAUUGAAAAGGCAGAGCACAUGGAAACCAACAUGCUGAUUAUGACUACUCCAUCAAGUGACACUCGUCAGGGCCGCAGUGAGAAGCGGGCCAUCCCUAGAAAGCGGGACUUUGCCAGCGAAGCCCCCACAGCUCCUCUCUCAGAUGCUUGUCCCCUGUCUCCACACCGAAGAGCCAAGUCAUUGGACAGGAGGUCCACAGAAUCCUCCAUGACGCCUGACCUGCUGAAUUUCAAGAAAGGCUGGCUAACCAAGCAGUAUGAGGAUGGCCAGUGGAAGAAACACUGGUUUGUCCUGGCUGAUCAGAGCCUGAGAUACUACAGGGAUUCCGUGGCUGAAGAGGCAGCUGACCUAGAUGGAGAAAUUGACUUGUCCACUUGUUAUGAUGUUACCGAGUAUCCAGUCCAGAGAAACUAUGGGUUUCAGAUACAUACCAAGGAGGGUGAGUUCACCCUGUCAGCUAUGACAUCUGGCAUACGACGGAAUUGGAUCCAGACCAUUAUGAAACAUGUACUCCCAACAGCCCCAGAUGUGACCAGCUCAUUGCCUGAGGAAAAGAAUAAAAGCACAUCUUUUGAGACCUGCUCAAGGCCUAAUGAGAAGCAAGAAACCGAAGCAGCAGACCCAGAUCCUGAGCAGAAGAAGAGCCGUGCUCGAGAGCGGAGACGGGAGGGCCGCUCCAAGACCUUUGACUGGGCUGAAUUCCGACCAAUCCAACAGGCCCUGGCACAAGAAAGAGCCAGCACUGUGGGAUCUUCUGAUGCUGGUGACCCGGGGUGUGUUGAAGCUGAGCCAGGUGAGCUGGAGCGUGAACGAGCUCGACGGCGAGAAGAGCGCCGCAAGCGCUUUGGGAUGCUGGACACUGUUGAUGGACCGGGUUUGGAGGACACAGCCCUACGUAUGGACAUCGACCGGAGCCCAGGGCUGCUGGGAACCUCUGACCUCAAGACACAGAAUGUCCACGUGGAAAUUGAGCAGCGGUGGCACCAAGUGGAGACCACCCCUCUCAGGGAGGAAAAACAGGUGCCCAUCGCCCCUCUGCACCUAUCCUUGGAGGACAGAAGUGAGCGGCUCUCCACACAUGAGCUCACUUCUCUGCUAGAGAAGGAGCUGGAGCAGAGCCAGAAAGAGGCCUCGGAUCUUCUAGAGCAGAACCGGCUUCUGCAGGACCAGUUAAGGGUGGCCCUGGGCCGAGAGCAGAGUGCCCGGGAGGGCUAUGUGCUGCAGACUGAAGUGGCCAUCUCCCCAUCGGGUGCCUGGCAGAGGCUCCAUAGAGUCAACCAAGACCUCCAAAGUGAGCUGGAAGCCCAGUGCCGGCGGCAGGAGCUCAUCACACAGCAGAUUCAGACCCUGACACAGAGCUAUGGGGAGGCCAAGGAUGCGAUCCGGCACCAUGAGGCUGAGAUCCAGACCCUGCAGACAAGACUUGGCAAUGCCGCUGCAGAGCUAGCCAUUAAGGAACAGGCUCUAGCCAAACUCAAGAGUGAGCUGAAGCUGGAGCAGGGCAAGGUUCGUGAGCAGCUGGAGGAGUGGCAGCACAGCAAGGCCAUGCUGAGUGGCCAGCUGAGGGCCAGUGAGCAGAAGCUCAAAAGCACAGAAGCCCUGCUAUUAGAGAAGACACAGGAACUGAGGGACCUAGACACACAGCAGACAUUGCAACGGGACCGCCAGAAGGAGGUGCAGAGGCUGAAGGAAUGCAUUGCUGAGCUCAGCCAACAGCUGGGUACCAGUGAGCAGGCCCAGCGUCUGAUGGAGAAGAAGUUGAAGAGGAACUAUACGUUGUUGCUGGAGAGCUGUGAGCAGGAGAAGCAAGCACUGCUGCAGAACCUGAAGGAAGUAGAGGACAAAGCUAGUGCCUAUGAGGAACAGCUACAAGGCCAUGUCCAGCAAGUGGAAGCCCUCCAGAAAGAAAAGCUGAGUGAAACAUGCAAAGGCAGUGAGCAGGUACAUCAGCUAGAGGAAGAGCUGGAGGCCCGGGAGGCCAGCAUCCGCCAAUUAGCCCAGCAUGUACAGAGCCUCCAUGAUGAGCGGGAUCUCAUCAAGCAGCAGUUUCAAGAGCUCAUGGAACGUGUGGCCACAUCUGAUGGCGAUGUGGCUGAGCUUCAAGAGAAGCUGAGGGGAAGAGAAGCUGACUACCAGAGCCUGGAGCACUCACACCACAGGGUCUCUGUCCAGCUACAGAGUGUGCGCACUCUGUUGAGACAAAAGGAAGAAGAACUGAAGCAUAUUAAGGAAGCACAUGAGAGAGUUCUGGAAAAGAAAGACCAAGACCUCAAUGAAGCUUUGGUUAAAAUGAUUGCCUUAGGCAGCAGCUUAGAGGAAACAGAAAUUAAGCUGCAGGAAAAGGAAGAGUGUCUAAGGAGAUUUGUUACUGAUUCUCCAAAGGAUGCCAAAGAGCCUCAGAGUACCACAGAGUCAACGGAGGAGGACGGUGGCAUUUUGCCAUUAGGCUCAAUCACCAGAGUAUUUCCAGGCUUUCCCCACUCCCAGGCAGAGGAUGAAGAUCCAAGUGUUGGCCUGGGGGAGGAGGGUAGCAGUGGUAGCCUCUGCAGAGAGGAGAACAUGGUACCCCCAAAGUCUGUGGAUGUGCCUGACCGGGAGGGGCAUCUGCAAAGCACAUCUAAGUCUGACCUGGGAGCCCCUAUAAAAAGGCCAAGAAUCCGGUUCUCCACAAUCCAGUGUCAAAGGUACAUACACCCUGAGGGGUGUGCAAAGGCCUGGACUAGCAGCACAUCAUCAGACACCAGCCAGGACCAGUCACCCUCAGAGGAUAGUGUGUCCUCAGAAGCUACCCCUAACACACUCCCUGCAGCUGCAGAUGCUGAAACAUAUAUCUCUAUAAUCCACUCUCUGGAGACAAAGCUCUUUGUCACAGAAGAGAAGCUCAAAGACGUGACUAUGAGGCUGGAGAGCCAGCAGGGCCAGAGUCAGGAGGCGCUGCUUGCACUGCACCAGCAGUGGGCUGGCACUGAGGCACAGUUGCAGGAGCAGCUCCGUGCCAGCUUGCUACAGGCUAGUGCACUGGCCUCUCAGCUAGAGCAGGAGAGGCAGCAGAAGGCCACGAACAUUGAGCACCACCCCGGGGAGCUGGAAGACUUCCAAGUCAAAAAUAGCCAAGCCCUGACAUGUUUGGAAAGCUGUUGGAAAAAGCUAAGGUCUCUGCCAUGGGCUGACCAAGAGGAAGGACAGGAUGCAUGUGUGGCCUCCCUGGCUAACAUAGAGAGUAUGCUUGUGAGUGCCAUCAAGACCCUUCAGCCAUGGGCACCCCCUGCAGAUAGCAGGACACAGGCUGAGCCAGAGAAGGGGCACCCCAUGGAAAGUGGCGUGGCGGCCCCUGUGCAGCAGCCCUGCCAGCCCCUAUUGAAUGAGCAGGAGCACAGGAAACUGCUUUCCGCUCAAAUAGUCCUGGAGGCCUCACUCAUCAACCAAAUAGCUGACUCUCUAAAGAACACCACCUCAGGUGUGUAUGGUGUUCUCUGUGAGCUUGCGCAGUCAGGGGAAUGGCCAUUGAAGGAAGAAAGUGCUGCCCGCUCUGCUGGGUCUCCAAUGGAGAUCUGGGCCAAGAAGUUGCUGGUGAACGGUGAGUUCUGGAGCCAGGUUGAGUCUCUAAGUAAGCACCUAGGGACAGUGGGAGAAGAAGCAGCCUGCACGUCAGGAGACGGGCAGCAGCGUAUUCCACAAAGUCUGGCUGAUGCCACAUGGAUUCGUGCAGAGCUCAGCUAUGCCACACAAUCAGUAAGAGAAUUGUUCCACCAUAGGCUGCAGCGCAUACAGGAGACCCUACAGGGGACCCAGGCAGCCCUACAGCAGCACAAGUGCAUGCUGGGAGAAAUCUUGGGAGCCUACCAAACCCCAGACUUUGAAAGCGUAAUACAGCAGAUAUUAGAAACCCUUAGGCAUCCAACUGACAGGGAGAACCAGGUGCAGACAUCCUGGGACCAGAGCCCAUUAGGAGAGGUACUGGGGCCAGCCACAGAUGGCUCCCAAGAGCCUUUGCAGGCUUUCCGUCAGAGCCCUGAAGUCUUUGCUGGCAUUCAGGAUGAGCUGGCCCAGCAGCUGAGAGAAAAGGCUAGCAUCCUUGAGGAGAUUUCCACUGCCUUGCCAGCCUUGCCUCCCACAGAGCCACUUGGGGGUUGCCAGAGGCUUCUGCAGAUGUCCCAGCAUCUCUCAUAUGAUGCUUGUCUAGAGGGCCUUGGUCAGUAUUCUUCAUUACUGGUUCAAGACGCAAUUAUUCAGGCUCAAGUGUGCUAUGCUGCGUGCAGAAUUCGGCUGGAGUAUGAAAAGGAGCUGCGCUUUUACAAGAAGGCCUGUCAGGAGGCCAGGGGAGCUUCAUGCCAGAAGCGUGCACAAGCAGUUGGGGCCCUGAAGGAGGAGUAUGAAGAACUUCUCCACAAGCAGAAGAAUGAGUACCAGAAGGUUAUCACCCUCAUUGAAAAGGAAAACACUGAGCUCAAGGCCAAAGUGAGCCAGAUGGACCAUCAGCAGAGAUGUCUACAAGAAGCAGAAAGCAAACACAGUGAGAGCAUGUUUGCCCUACAGGGCAGGUAUGAGGAAGAGAUCAGGUGCAUGGUGGAACAGCUGAGCCACACCGAAAAUACACUGCAGGCUGAGCGUAGCCGGGUUCUCAGCCAGCUAGAUGCUUCAGUCAAAGACAGGCAGGCCAUGGAACAGCAACACGUGCAGCAAAUGAAGAUGCUGGAGGACAGGUUCCAGCUGAAGGUCCGGGAACUGCAGGCCGUUCAUCAAGAGGAACUGAGGGCCUUGCAGGAACACUACAUAUGGAGCCUGCGGGGAGCACUAAGCCUCUCCCAACCUUCACACCCAGAUUCCACACUGGCCCCUGCGCCAUCUGAGCCCAGAUCUGUGCCAGCAGCCAAGGAUGAGGCUGAAUCCAUGACAGGGCUACGAGAACGAAUCCAGGAGCUGGAGGCCCAAAUGGAUGCUAUGCGAGAGGAGCUGGGCCACAAAGAGCUGGAGGGUGAUAUGGCCACCCUGCGGGAGAAGUAUCAGCGGGACUUUGAGAGCCUCAAGGCUACAUGUGAACGAGGCUUUGCCGCCAUGGAGGAGACACAUCAGAAGAAGAUUGAAGACCUCCAGAGGCAACACCAGCGAGAGUUAGAGAAGCUGCGGGAGGAGAAAGACCGCCUCCUGGCUGAGGAGACAGCUGCCACCAUCUCAGCCAUUGAAGCCAUGAAGAAUGCCCACCGAGAGGAGCUGGAGCGGGAGUUAGAGAAGAGCCAGCGGUCUCAGAUCAGCAGCACCAAUUCAGACAUUGAAGCCCUGAGGCGACAGUACCUGGAGGAACUGCAGUCAGUGCAGCGGGAGCUGGAGGUCCUUUCAGAGCAGUACUCCCAGAAGUGCCUGGAGAAUGCGCACCUGGCCCAAGCACUGGAGGCCGAGCGGCAGGCUCUGCGACAAUGCCAGCGUGAGAACCAGGAGCUCAAUGCCCACAACCAGGAGCUGAAUAACCGCCUGGCUGCGGAGAUCACACGGUUGCGGACACUACUGACUGGAGAUGGUGGCGGAGAGUCUACUGGGUUGCCUCUCACACAGGGCAAGGAUGCCUACGAGUUAGAGGUCUUGUUGCGGGUCAAAGAAUCAGAAAUACAGUACCUAAAGCAGGAGAUCAGCUCCCUCAAGGAUGAACUCCAGACAGCCCUGCGGGAUAAGAAGUAUGCUAGUGAUAAGUACAAAGACAUCUAUACAGAGCUCAGCAUUGCAAAGGCCAAGGCUGACUGCGAUAUCAGCAGGUUGAAAGAGCAGCUGAAAGCAGCCACAGAGGCACUGGGCGAGAAAUCUCCUGAGGGCGCUACUGUGUCAGGAUACGACAUAAUGAAAUCUAAAAGUAACCCUGACUUCCUGAAGAAAGACAGAUCCUGUGUUACCCGGCAACUCAGAAACAUCAGGUCCAAGAGUCUCAAGGAAGGCCUGACGGUGCAGGAGCGCUUGAAGCUCUUUGAAUCCAGGGACUUGAAGAAAGACUAGCUGCGUCCAUUCCACCUGACACAUCUUUCCCAGCUGGUGGCAGCACAAGCAAAGUGUGGCUUUCGUCUGCAUAUGUGCUUUUCACUGUUUCCAUCAUUAACUGUGGUACGGAUGCACGGAGACUGCCUUGUGGGGUGUUUGCUCCAUUCCCUUCCCUGUUGAUUCCAGCUUCCCAUUGUCUUUCCGCAGCUUCUUUCCCAUGGUAUUCUCAGAUUAGUCAAGCUCAAGCGGUAGAGUGGGGAGGGCUUCCCCACAGACACCUGGGCAGGACUCCUUUGUCCUCCCACCACACUCACUGUCAGUAUUAAGGCACAGCAGCCUGUUAAUAAGCUAGCCCUGCCUCAAAGAGUACACAUGUGGGGACUUACCAGUGGCUCUGCUCUGCCAUCCAAGCUGAGCACCUCCCCUGCUGGGCAGAACAGAGCCACCGAAUGUUCUAGUCUGGCCUGGUUUCUGAAGGGCCUAGGAAUAGUGUCCAGCCUGCAACACUUCCCUUUGACCUGGGAGGAGGACAGCAUUUUGUAUUUGGCCCACUGAUGCAGCUUAGAACCAUACCCAGAUAAUCCUGGCAAAUCUUUCACAACCUGGAAAAUGUUGAAAGAAACCAUUCCUAUUUUCUUUCUUUUUUUUUUUUUUUUUUUUAUUAAAUCUUGCACAAAAGCCCCGACCCCUCUCAUUCCUUCCUCGGCUUGUGCCUCCCUUACUCUGCUAAUCCUGGCCCUCUGGUGGCUGCGAACAGUUACUGGCAGACUGAAGCUUCAGACUGUCAAGUGCGAAGGAUCCUCCAUCUAGAGGGAACGUAACUGCUGGGUUUUGAUCUGUCUGAAAAGAGGCUGUCAUGUUGCUUGAAGAGGGGUGAGGAGAAUGCUGUGUACAAACACAGGUUAUCAGAACUGGUGAGAAUAGCAGCAGGUGCUCAGGCCUCUGAUUUGUCUGCACUCUGGAAGGUUCUCUUGAAGUGUCUGCUUCUCAUGGAGCCAUUAACAGGGAGCCUGCUAAUUUUGCUUUUUCUAGCUAGCUGAACAAGACCUAACUACCCAAAGCAUUCUAGGGUGUUUCCAUUUAAACACACACACACACACACACACACACACACGUUUCCAGUCUUAUAAAAAAUUCAUCCCGUAAGAUGAAGCACACACAAGAGGCACCGUGUCAGGUGGGAGAGUCAGUCAACUAGAUCCUCCCACUGUCCUGGCUCCACUUUGUUAGUGCUGAGUGGGUCAGAUGGUCUCUGGGUGCACAAUUGAACUCUCACAGGAACCCCUAAUGGUUGUAUAUGAGUUGAUGUUCAAGGUUAUCCAUAAUGUCUGGCUGGCCUAAUAGACAGGCAGGGCAAAACCUCCAUGCUUUGUGACAUACCUAACUGUGCUACCUAGCCUGGCAGACAAGCCCUGGCCUCCCCUUUUCACACUGGCACAUGUUCUGUUACCGUUUUAUAUUAUCAGUACCAGGAGCAAGUCAGAUCUGUUCAAACAGUGCUUUGAGCUCAGAGUGGGCUAGCCUUUGGGAGCUAUAGUUGUGUGUUGAGGACUACUGUUCUCUCUGGUGUGGUUCCUUUGCAACUAUCCUGCUGCCUUGGGAGCCCUCUGGCCCCAGCAAUCAUCUUCCUGCUUUAUGCUUCCUGGGGUGGUACAAAGAGCCUACUGAAGAUGCCAAGCCUACAGUUCAAAACAUUUGAUCUUUUGCUCUUCACCUCAGAAUCCUAGGAUAGUACCUUUGCUAAAUGCAGUACUUGGGAGCCAGAAGCAGGCAAGGGCUGGGAGACAGGCACACUGCACUUACCGUUACUCAAGGUUCACUUUUGCCAUAAUACAGCACUCUCUGUUCUAGGGCUGAUUUCAUAUUGGCACAGGACAGGGAUGCCUGGAUCAUCCCCCACUGCCCAAGCCACUCUGAGCAGUAAUUCAUGGAUCAGGGUGCAUCUUGAGUUUCUUGGCAGUAACUUCUGGCCUCUGACAAAGGUGAAUCAAACCAGAAGCUGGUCUUCUGAGUCUCUGUAGCCCACCUACAGCAGUUUACUCGGACUGCCACAUGGCCUUUGUCCAUUCCUUACCCCAGUCCCUGUUUGCCUGACCUCCUUACAGGCAUCUUGCUCCCUGGAAAGAAACUGAAGUUGGUGUAUUCAAGAGAGGCAGCAUCAAAUGUCCAAGUGGAGUUGGUCCAGGCAUCAGUGGGGGGGACACUUGUCUGAGGAUGGGGUGGUAUAUAGCUCAAGAAGCCUCAGCCUGCUCCCAGCCCCAUCAGUGGCAUAUUUUCCCUACUUCAUGGUAGAAACAGCAUUAAAAUGAACAGACAUAAGAAUUUUAUUUUCCUGAAAAUACAUGUUUGUGAUCUGCCAGCAUCUUCAAGCAAACUGCCAUUACAAGGAACACACCUGCCUUCCUUUGACAGCUGAUGUAAACAUGCUUAAACUACAUCUUGCAUGGGUGGUGCCUAGUACCACAGCAAAGAGUGUAUCUCUCACCCAGGGCUCCUGGCUGAAGCUUUUCCAGUAUGGUUGUGUCCACAGAUCUAGGGCCAUAAUGGGAGGCCAGGGACCCAUGAAGUAGGCAAUCAGCAGAGGGAAGAAUGCUAGGAAUGUGUGGGUUCAAAUGAGUGAAAGCUACAGUCAGAGUUGAACUUGCCUAGACUCAAAAGAACAAUACUGAAGUGUGUGUAGUGUUUUUAUGCCUGUACUCUUAGUUCUUGGGACUCGGAAGUUCCAGGUCAGUCUGGUAUGUAGCAAGACUAUCUCAACAUACAGAUGAGCUAAGGAUAUAUAUAGUUCAAUGAUGGUAGAGCACCUACCUAACAUGUGGUAAGGCCUAGGGGUUCAACCACAGUAUUACAAAGAGCACACUUGUGAACUUAAGGACAAGUGUCCAAAAGGAGCCUCAGAGGUUUGACUAGGAAACAAAAUUGGCAUUAACUUCCCUACAGAGGGAAGUUUCUACCCUAGAACUGAACACACUCCUCACUGCUGACACCUAGCUGGUGCUGAGGGAAGUGCUGGACGCCGCAGAGCCUGCACUGUGAGGCUGGGCAUCAGUGGAGAGAUUCCUGCAGGCCUGUCCCACACACCAAGUGGUCUUUUUCUGGACCUCCAACUCUGCCCUGGUUCUCAAACACAGGCUGGAUAAGCACCCAAAGGCCCCAUGCAGCCUUCCCACUCACCCCUGUCUCCAUAUGAGUAAGCUUGCACAUCAAAGUCAGCUGGCAGCUAUAGGCAGAAUCAGUCCCCAGAUGCACAGUAACAACCAAGCCCCAGACUGCUGGUAGAGGGACAGUAGUUACCUCCCAGCUGACUGGCCUGCACCUGCAAAGCAGGAGGGUUACCUGUUCUUGCUAUGUUGUCAAAAGAUAUCACCUUCUCAGCUACUAAAAGAUGAACAGUGCAGGGACACACACCCUUUCUCAAGGGAGCGCCUAGCAUACAGGGCGCUCAGCCUGUAAUGUCAGAGCAAGUGAUGGUAGCAUUUCUGAGAUGUGGCCUAGGGAUUUUUAUACUAAGUUUGUGUGAACUUUUACAACAUCUUGUCUAGACACCUCUUUUGAAGGUAUGUUGAGUUCAGUGCAAACCCCUCACACCAGAAGACCAUGAGUUAGCUAGGCAUGGUGGCUCACACAUUUAAUCAGCACUUGGGAGCCAGAGGCAAGUUAAGUUCAAGGCCAGACUGGUCAACAUAGUUCCAAAGAGCCAGGGGUACACAGUAAAAUCCUGUCUAAAAGACCAUGUUAAUAACUAACAUCGUCUAAAGCUUUGGUUACUUAACAGAUUCCACCCUCGUGACAAACCAUUAUCAAUGCCCUGGUUCUUGUUGGAAGUGUUCUGUGAAACUUUCUAGAGCCACUCAAGGAAAACCAGGAAUAUGAGGGACUUUUGGCGUCAUGCCCUCAGGCUUCUUAGUUCAUUUUUUGUUAGGGGAGCUGGUUGGGGGUAUAGAGGCUGCUUCGGGCCCAGGUGCCUAGCCCUGACAGAACUGCGGGGCUGGGCUGUUUGCAGAGCAGCCCGGCUACCAAUCUCUAGCGACCUGACUGUAUAUAGCCCGGGACUCCCAGGAAGCUUCUGGCUGUAUUUCUGUGACACUGGGAAGAAGCAGGCCCAUCAGCAGAAAGUUAAAAAUGGCACAGCCUGGGCUGGAGAGAUGGCUCAGUGAUUAAGAGCACUGGCUGCUCUUCCAGAGGUCCUGAGUUCAAUUCCCAGCAACCACAUGGUGGCUCACAACCAUCUACACCCCCUACUGUCCUCUUCUGGCGUGCAGGUGCACAUACAGAUAGAGCACUGACGUGCAUAAAAUAAAUAAAUAAAAUCUUUAAAAAAAAAAAAAUGGCACAGCCCACAACUGAAGGACUUCAGGGCCUCUUCAGUUUCCCAUGGGUCACAGGGGAGCCUGGUGCAGAUUCCAUGGUGGGACAACACUACAGAGCCAGCAUUUGCUCUAGAAAAGUGCAGUUGUAAGAAUCCUUGCCAACACAGCCCAUUCCAGCUUGCCACAGUCAACAUGCUAUCAGCUCAUCUCUCCUUUAGAGUUAGUCAUACCACACAUUUAAUUUUAUUUUAGCCAGGAAUACAUUGUAAAGAACACUAAAUUCACUGUAUUUGUUUCUGUCACAAACUUCAAUUUAAAUGGAUUUUAAAAUAAUUUUAAGAUUUACCUUUGGUAUUAAGGCUUUACUACAGGAUCCCAAGCCAGUUUGUAGUACUAACCAAUGUGGCUUUUUGUAGGUUUGCUGUGUAGAAUGUUAAGCACCCGAGUAACAGUGGCUCCUUGACAGUCAGAACUCUAGGUGACCUUCCAUUGCAGCUGCUUGACGGGGAUGGGGAUGCCUGUCUGUGAACAUAGCGCCUCCCAGGGCCACUUCACUACAUCGCAGCAGUCACAGGCUUGUGCUAGUUCACCUGCUGUUGAGGUAUUUGGUUCCGAUACAAGCAAUCCAGUUGCCAGACUAAAAAUUACACGUGGAAGGAACUGGAGCCUCACUGAGCAGGGAGGCUUCAGCACAGCUUCCCAGAGCCAGUUUAGGCAAGUGUGUGCACGCACAGGCUGUGGCUCCCUGCACAUGAAGUGUCCCCACUCCUUAUGUCGAGAGACUUCGGAUCAGUGUGAGGCAUUUCCUGCAAAGUCUGUGGCCGGGGGUUCACUACAAUUGAAAUGUUCAUUUGUAGAAAUAUUUAUUCCUUUGUGUGACAAGCUAGAGUCCUUGGCUAUAGCUAACCAUUUUUAUUGUGUAAAUACUGCUUGAUUUUACAUGAACUGUAUCAUAAUAAACUAUUUUUGCAUUGCCCUCUG